AUGUCGGUCGUCUCACUCUUGGGGGUUAAAAUCCUGAACAACCCCGCCACUUUCACCGCGUCUUAUCAAUUUGAAAUUACUUUUGAAUGUCUUGAACAGCUCCAAAAGGAUCUCGAGUGGAAGUUGACCUACGUCGGCUCCGCCACUUCUUCUGAAUAUGACCAGGAACUCGACUCUCUUCUCGUCGGUCCCAUUCCCGUUGGAGUGAACAAGUUCAUCUUCGAGGCCGAUGCCCCCGACCUGAAGCGUAUCCCUCCCUCCGAGAUCUUGGGUGUGACCGUCAUUCUUCUCACUUGCAGCUACGAUGGCCGCGAGUUUGUUCGUGUCGGAUACUACGUCAACAACGAGUACGACUCGGAAGAGCUGAUCGCCGAUCCCCCUGCUAAGCCUGUUAUUGACCGCAUUCGCCGGAAUGUUCUUGCCGAGAAGCCUCGUGUGACUCGCUUCGCUAUCAAGUGGGAUUCGGAGGAAUCUGCUCCCGCAGAGUACCCACCUGAUCAGCCCGAGGCUGACAACCUUGACGAUGACAGCAAUGCCUACGGUCAUGAAGAGGCCGAGCUUGAGGCUGCUCUUGUCAAGGAGCUCGAAGAGUCCAACAAGCCCGCCGAGGGCGACGACCACGAGAUGGAGGGCGCCGAAGCAACUGCGGGCAAGGAGGACGAUGAUGAGGAUGAUCUGUCCGAUGCUGGCAGUGAGGAUCUUGAGGAGGAGAGUGAUGAUGAUGAUGAUGACCUUGAUGAGGAGGAGGGGGUGAUGCCGACGAGGAUGUGGAAAUGGGUGAUGAUUCCGAGUCUAAGCCUGCCCAACCCUCCCAUCCUGAGGUCAUGGUUCAAUAAACAAUGGGUUUGGAUCCCAUUAGCCGGGUAA